AUGGCAGCCAAGGUCGUCAGUGAUUCCAAUUUUUACCUCUUCCAACACCCCUCCAGCCAAUAUUUGAAAAUGGCAUCGUACACGGGCAAGAACGCAGUCAUCAUCGGUGGAAGCCACGGUAUCGGUCUGUCAACCUCUCAGCUUCUGGUCGAUGGGGGUGCAAAGGUCCUCGUCACUGGUCGGAGCCUUGGACCCAUUGAAGCAGCAAAGCAGCAGCUGAAAGAAAAGGCCGAUGUUGUAUCCUGCGACAUCACUUCAACUAUAGCCAUCUCCGCUCUUGUUCAGAAAGUCGAAUCCUACUUCGGCACGGGACAAAAUAUUGACCUGCUCUUUAUCAACGCUGGAUAUGCAGCUUUAGAACCGUUCGAUGUCGUGUCAGAAGACUCUUUCCGUCGAACAUUCGACACCAACGUGUUCGGUGCCUUCUUCGUUGCUCAGAAACUGUCCCCUCUUCUUAGAGAUGGUGGCUCCAUCGUGUUCACUACCUCAGUCGCCAACCGGGUCGGUAUCCCCGGCAUGGCGACGUACUCGGCUUCAAAAGCCGCUGUCCAGUCCUUUGUGCAGACCCUGGCUGCAGAACUAGUUGGUCGGAAGAUCCGGGUUAACGCGGUUUCCCCUGGCUUCGUGAAGACCCCAACCAUGGGCGUUGCCGGUGCUUCGAAUGAUGAUCUGCGGGAAUUUGAGAACCAGGGUGUGCAGACUACUCCUCUGGGUAGGAUCGGCGAGCCAAGUGAGGUCGCGCGCGCCGUCAUCUUCUUAGCGUUUGAGGCGACUUUUACAACAGGCUCGGAAGUGGCCCUUGAUGGUGGAUUGGCGUUGUUGAAGGUGCAUUAG